AGUAGCGAGACCCUCGUGGGCGGUCGCUGAACACGUGGGUUGGGCUGUACCGCGCGGCUGUGUGGAGAGUCAAACCUGGAUUUUGGCGGUCCAUCGUGGGCAGCGGACUAAUAAAGGUCAUGGCGCCGGCGGAAAUCUUGAACGGGAAGGUGGUCUCCACGAAAAUAAGGGAGAAGCUAAAGAACCAAGUCACUCAGAUGAAGGAACAAGUACCUGAUUUCACACCAGGCCUGGCAAUUUUGCAGGUUGGCAACAGAGAUGACUCCAACCUUUAUAUAAAUGUGAAGCUAAAGGCUGCUGAAGAGAUUGGGAUCAAAGCCAUUCACAUUAAAUUACCAAGAACGGCCACAGAAUCUGAGGUGUUAAAGUACGUUACAUCUUUGAAUGAGGACCUCACCAUUCACGGGUUCAUAGUGCAGCUACCUUUAGAUUCAGAGAAUCUCAUUAACACGGAAGCAGUGGUCAAUGCUAUUGCACCUGAAAAGGAUGUGGACGGAUUGACGAACGUCAGUGCUGGAAAACUUGCUAGAGGUGACCUAAAUGACUGUUACAUCCCUUGUACACCUAAAGGAUGCUUGGAACUCAUCAAAGAGACAGGAGUGCAGAUAGCCGGAAGGCAUGCAGUGGUGGUCGGGCGCAGCAAAAUAGUCGGGGCCCCCAUGCAUGACUUGCUUCUGUGGAACCAUGCCACCGUGACCACCUGCCACUCCAAGACUGCCCAUCUAGACAAAGAGGUAAAUAAAGGUGACAUUGUGGUGGUUGCAACUGGUCAGCCUGAAAUGGUGAAAGGGGAGUGGAUCAAACCUGGGGCAAUCGUCAUCGACUGUGGAAUCAAUUAUGUCCCAGACGGUACAAAACCAAAUGGGAGAAAAGUGGUGGGCGAUGUGGCCUACAGUGAGGCCAAAGAGAGGGCAAGCUUCAUCACUCCUGUUCCUGGUGGCGUCGGGCCCAUGACGGUGGCGAUGCUAAUGCAGAGCACAGUAGAGAGUGCAAAGCGUUUCCUGGAGAAAUCUAAGCCAGGAAAGUGGCUGAUUCAGUAUAACAACCUUACUCUCAAGACACCUGUUCCAAGUGACAUUGACAUAUCACGAUCCUGCAAACCAAAGCCCAUUGGUAACCUGGCUCGAGAAAUUGGUCUGUUCUCUGAGGAGGUAGAAUUAUAUGGUGAAACAAAGGCCAAAGUUCUGCUGUCUGUGCUGGAACGCCUGAAGCAUCAGCCUGAUGGGAAAUACGUAGUGGUGACUGGAAUAACUCCAACGCCCCUGGGAGAAGGGAAAAGCACAACCACCAUUGGGCUGGUGCAAGCCCUUGGCGCCCACCUUCAUCAAAAUGUCUUUGCGUGUGUACGACAGCCUUCGCAGGGCCCCACCUUUGGAAUAAAAGGUGGUGCUGCAGGCGGUGGCUACUCCCAGGUCAUUCCUAUGGAAGAGUUUAAUCUCCAUCUCACCGGUGACAUCCACGCCAUCACUGCAGCCAAUAACCUUGUUGCCGCAGCCAUUGAUGCCCGGAUGUUCCACGAACUGACCCAGACUGACAAGGCUCUCUUUAAUCGUUUGGUACCAUCAAUAAAUGGAGUGAGAAAGUUCUCUGAUAUCCAAAUCCGAAGGUUAAAGAGACUAGGCAUUGAAAAGACUGAUCCUACCACACUGACAGAUGAAGAGAUAAACAGAUUUGCAAGAUUAGAUAUUGAUCCGGAAACCAUAACUUGGCAAAGAGUGUUGGAUACCAAUGAUAGAUUCCUGAGGAAGAUCACAAUUGGACAGGCUCCAACGGAGAAAGGGUACACACGGACGGCCCAGUUUGAUAUCUCUGUGGCCAGUGAAAUCAUGGCGGUCCUGGCUCUCACCAGUUCCCUACAAGACAUGAGAGAGAGACUGAGCAAAAUGGUGGUGGCAUCCAGCAAGAAAGGGGAGCCCAUCAGUGCCGAAGACCUGGGAGUGAGUGGUGCGUUGACAGUGCUCAUGAAGGAUGCAAUCAAGCCCAACCUCAUGCAGACGUUAGAGGGCACUCCAGUAUUUGUUCACGCUGGACCGUUUGCCAACAUUGCACAUGGGAACUCCUCUAUCAUUGCAGACCGGAUUGCACUCAAGCUUGUUGGGCCCGAAGGGUUUGUAGUGACUGAAGCAGGAUUUGGAGCAGACAUUGGAAUGGAGAAGUUUUUUAACAUCAAAUGCCGGUAUUCUGGCCUCCGCCCUCACGUGGUGGUGCUUGUGGCCACGGUCAGGGCUCUGAAGAUGCACGGUGGCGGCCCCACGGUGACUGCUGGACUGCCUCUCCCCAAGGCUUACAUAGAGGAGAACCUGGAACUGGUGGAAAAAGGCUUCAGUAACUUGAAGAAACAGAUUGAAAAUGCCAGAAUGUUUGGCGUUCCAGUCGUAGUGGCCGUGAAUGCAUUCAAGACGGACACAAAAGCCGAGCUAGAUCUCGUCAGCCGCCUUGCCAAAGAACAUGGGGCCUUGGACGCUGUGACGUGCACUCACUGGGCAGAAGGGGGCAAGGGUGCCUUUGCCCUGGCCCAGGCCGUCCAGAGAGCAGCCCAGGUGCCCAGCAGCUUCCAGCUUCUCUAUGACCUCAAGCUCCCCGUUGAGGAUAAAAUCAGGAUCAUUGCGCAGAAGAUCUAUGGGGCAGACGACAUUGAAUUGCUCCCCGAAGCUCAGCACAAAGUGGAAGUCUACACAAAGCAGGGCUUUGGGAAUCUGCCCAUUUGCAUGGCCAAGACGCACCUGUCCUUGUCGCAUAACCCAGAAGAGAAAGGUGUGCCUACAGGCUUUGUCCUGCCCAUCCGUGACAUCCGCGCCAGUGUUGGGGCUGGUUUCCUGUACCCCCUGGUAGGAACGGUAAGUUAGUGCUACAGGCAAAGAG